GAUUAAAGUUGCAAAGCUAAAUCAACUGUCACGACUCGCGGCACACAACUAGCGUAAUAUUGUCCAUCCGAAACUUAUCAACUGAAUAUUUCCCGCCAAUUCAAAAACCUAAACAUCGUUUUCCCCUUUUCCACCACUCAUUCCGGACCAGAGCUUCGCCGCCAUCAAUGGCAGAAGAAGAGAUCGCAGCUCCAGAGGAAGAGAACCCAGCAGGAGGAGAAGAAGAGAAUUCAGUACAAGAAGAAGAGAACCCAGUACCAGAAGAAGAAGAAGAGAACCCAGUACCAGAAGAAGAGGAAGAGAACCCAGCAGGAGAAGAAGAAAACCCAGCACAAGAAGAACAAGAGAACUCAGUACCAGAAGGAGAAGAGAACCCAGCACGGGAAAAAGAGAAGGCAGCAAAAGGAAAAGGGAAGGCAGUAGCAGAAGAAUGGAACGCCAAUCGGAUCCGACCCGAAUUUCCGAACGGUCGGGUCAAGAGGAUAAUGAAGCUGGACAGGGACAUUAACAAGAUAAACUCGGAAGCCUUACUCCUCGUCUCGUACUCCGCCCAGCUUUUCCUCGAAUUCCUAGCGGAGCGGUCGGCGGAGGUCGCUACGGAGAGGAAGCGCAAGGUCGUGAAGCUCGAGCACAUGCGAGUCGCAGUCAAGAGGCACCGCCCGACAUGUGAUUUCCUAAUCGAUGAGCUUACUGUGCCCUCUCAGCCGUCCAAUCAUCCGGCAACCGACCGGAGUCAAGGUCGCUCUGUCGUCAGUAGUUCAGCUCCAGCUAAACGAGACCGAAGCCGCACCGCUGCCGAUAGACCAGCUCCAGCUGGUACUCGUCUGAUCGAUGGUUUCUUUCACAAACUGGCAAAAAAAUCCCCGAUCCAGACAGAAGAAGCCCCGAUUGAGAUCGACGAAGCCUCAAUUGAGACCGACGAUGCCCCAAUUGAGAUCGACAAUGGUCCAAUCACGAACGACGAUGCCCCAAUUGAGGUUGAUGAUGUUCCAAUCGAGAGUGACGAAGCUUCAAUUGAGAAUGAGGAACCCCUAAUUGAGACCCACGAAGCCCGAAUUGAGAUCAACUAGUCAUAAAUCUUCGGUCUUUGUAGGCCGAAAAAAGAAACAUUUUGUUUGGUCAGGUUGUAAUGGUGAGAAAUCAAUGGACCAGGAGACUGAUUACAACUUUUGUAAUUAUUUAUCUAAUUAUCCAAUGCAUUUGAUAUUUUGAUCU